AUGGCUGAAGCCGUCCCGAUUCCAGAGCCCCCGGGCCUGCCCUUGAUCGGCAACCUGGCCGAGUUCACAACCAGUCCGCUAAAGGACAUCCUCCGCCUCGCAGAUACCUAUGGUGCCAUCUUCAGACUUCACUUGGGGUCGCGCCCUCUUGUCGUCGCCACCACAAAUGAAAUCGUCAACGAGCUCUGCGACGAGAAGCGUUUUCACAAGUCGUUGGGGUCUGCUUUGCGGGUCGUCCGCGAAGGUGUUCACGAUGGCCUCUUCACUGCCUACGACGACGAGCCCAACUGGAACAAAGCCCAUCGCAUCCUUGUCCCUGCCUUUGGACCCCUAUCCAUCCGCGGCAUGUUCGAUGAGAUGCAUGACAUCGCCACCCAGCUCGCCAUGAAGCUUGCGCGCCACGGGCCCCAGUCCUCCAUCUGCGUCUCCGACGACUUUACUCGCCUGGCCCUGGACACCCUCGCGCUAUGUGCCAUGGACUUUCGUUUCAACUCAUACUAUCGCCAAGAGUUGCACCCUUUCAUCAGGGCCAUGGGCGACUUCCUCACCGAGUGCGGAAGGCGAAACAAGCGGCCCUCGUUUGCCCCCAACUUUCUCUAUCGCGCCGCCAACGACAAGUUCCAGGACGAUAUCGCGAUAAUGAGGAAGACGGCCGACCAAGUCGUCGCGGCGCGCAAGGAAAGCCCCAGCGAUCGCAAGGACCUGCUUGCUGCCAUGCUCAAGGGCGUCGACCCCACGACGGGCGACAAGCUAAGCGAUGCCAACAUCACCGAUCAGCUCAUCACCUUUCUCAUUGCCGGCCACGAGACCACUUCGGGCAUGCUCUCCUUCGCCUUCUAUCACCUGCUCAAGAACCCGGCCACCUACCAAAAGGUGCAGCAGGAGGUUGACCAGGUCAUAGGCCGCAACAAGAUCACGGUCGAGCAUAUCAGCAAGCUGCCCUAUAUCGCCGCUGUCCUGAGGGAGACGCUGCGAAUCAGCUCGGCCAUUCCCGGCUUCACCGUUGAGCCCUACGAGGACACCCUCCUUGCGGGCAAGUACCUCGUUCGCAAGGGGGAGCCCAUCGCGGCAAUGCUCGCCAGGGCACAUCUUGAUCCCGUCGUCUACGGCGAGGAUGCAGGCGACUUCAAGCCCGAGCGCAUGCUCGAGGAGAGCUUUGCUCGCCUCAACAAAGAGUUUCCCAACUGCUGGAAGCCCUUUGGCAACGGCAAGCGAGCCUGCAUCGGCCGACCAUUUGCCUGGCAGGAGGCGGUCCUCGUCAUGGCCAUGCUCUUCCAAAACUUCAACUUCAGCCUCGAUGACCCCAAUUACCGUCUCGAGAUCCAGGAGACUCUGACCAUCAAGCCCAAGGAUUUCUUCAUGAAGGCCACCCUGAGGCAUGGCAUGACCCCGACGGAACUGGAGCAGCAGCUCGCCGGCAAAGGAACCACCGCUGUGCACCACCACGACCCGUCGGCCAAGGCCGUCGCGGAUAUGUCAUCUACUCGGGGUAAGCCUCUGGCCGUCUUCUACGGCUCCAACAGCGGUACCUGCGAGGCCAUGGCACAGAGGGUGGCAGCAGAUGCAGCCCGGCACGGCUUCAGGGCCACCACCGUGGCACCCCUGGACGCCGCCAACCAGAACAUCCCCAAGGACCGUCCCGUGGUCAUCGUUACUGCCUCUUACGAAGGUCAGCCUCCAUCCAAUGCCGCACUAUUCGUGAGCUGGAUGGAGAGCCUCAAAGGGAACGAGAUGGAGGGAGUGUCGUACGCCGUUUUCGGCUGCGGUCACCACGAUUGGGUCCAAACAUUUCAUCGCAUCCCCAAACUCGUAGACUCGACUCUCCACCGGCUUGGCGGCCACCGGAUUACGCCUCUUGCCACCACAGACGCCGGCGAGCGUGACAUGUUCAGCGAUUUCGAGGCGUGGGAGGACGACUCGCUCUGGCCAGCUCUGCAGAAGACGUACGGCGCGGAAGACAGCAGUGACAGCGGCAACGAUGGCUUGGAUGUCGAGGUUUCGCUUCCACGCAAGACGACGCUGCGGCAGGACGUGGAAGAGGCCGUCGUCGUCUCGGCGAGGACGCUGACUAAAUCCAGCUCCGUCAAGAAUCACAUCGAGAUCCAGCUGCCUACAGGCAUGACGUAUCGUGCCGGCGACUACCUCGCUAUCCUGCCCUUCAAUCCAAAACAGACAGUCUCUCGUGUUUUCAGGCGGUUCGGCCUGUCUUGGGAUGCGACGUUGAAGAUAUCCUCGAACCGCCCAACGUCUCUGCCCACGGAUGUGGCCAUCUCUGCCAGCGAUGUGCUCACCGCGUACGUGGAACUUAGUCAACCUGCCACAAAAAGGAAUGUGCAAGCGUUGGCCGCGGCAACGCAAAACCAGGGUGACGCCGAGCAGCUCCAGAAGUUGGCGGGCGAUGAUUAUCACGAAAAGAUCAACCUCAAGCGGACUUCAAUCCUGGAUCUUCUGGAGCAGUUUCCUUCCGUCGAGCUGCCAUUGGGUUCCUACUUGGGCAUGCUCCCACCCAUGCGAGUUCGCCAGUACUCCAUCUCGUCUUCUCCGCUCGCCGACCCGUCGAAGCUCACACUCACGUACUCGGUUCUGGAGCAGCCGGCCAUGUCGGGCAACGGCCGCCACGUCGGUGUCGCCACCAGUUUUCUCUCCGGCCUUGCACCGGGGGAGCGGCUUCAUGUGGCGGUGCGGCCGUCGGAAACCUUCCAUCUACCGGCCGACGCCGAGAAGACGCCCAUCAUCUGUGUGGCCGCCGGGUCAGGCCUGGCACCCUUCCGCGGUUUCUUGCAAGAACGGGCGGCCAUGAUAGGCGCGGGCCGCAAGGUUGCUCCCGCGCUUCUGUUCUACGGGUGCCGGUCGCCGGAUGAGGACAACCUGUACGCCGACGAACUGGCGCGAUGGGAGGCGCUCGGCGCCGCCCAGGUCAGGCGAGCGUACUCGCGAGCGCCUGAUCGAUCUGAUGGCUGCAAAUACGUCCAGCACAGGCUGUCGCACGACCGCGAUGACGUCUACAGGCUGUGGGAGCGGGGGGCCAAAAUCUACGUGUGCGGUAGCCGGGAGGUAGGCAAGGGCGUCGAGACGGCGUGCGUGCAGCUGGUCCGAGAGAAGAAGGGAAAUAAGCAGGGAGAGCAGGUGGAUGAGGAGGCGGCCCGGGCAUGGUUCGACCAGCAGCGCAACGAGCGCUUCGUCACCGACGUUUUCGACUGA